AUGGCCAGAAAGAAGUUGAGAGAAUACUCUAGCAAGCAGUUGCUCAAGACUCAUAUGUUGAACUUGUGUAAAGAGAAGUUGAAUCUGAAUGCUGUCCAGAUCACACCAACAAGCCCAUCACUAAAGGACAUUGCACAACAGACGACUGCACAAUGGCUAAACACAACAAAGUUGGUGGUCAAGCCUGACAUGCUGUUUGGCAAGCGUGGCAAGAACAAUCUGGUGCUGCUCAAUGCCACCGUGGCUGAGGCCGACGCCUUCAUCAAGGAGCGCAUGAACAAGGAGGUCGACAUUGGCGGCAAGAAGGGCGCCGUCACCCACUUCAUCGUCGAGCCAUUCGUGCCACACACCGUCGAGUACUACAUGUCGAUCGUGGCCAACCGCGACGUCAACACCAUAUCCUUCUCCAGUGUCGGAGGUAUCGAGAUUGAGGAGUGCUGGGACAAGGUCAUCACCCUGGACAUCCCCUACGGCGAGAAGAUCGACCUGGUCAACCUCCACCCAUUGGUGCCAGCCGAGACUGCUGCCCGCGAGUCCAUCAUCAGCUUUAUAAAGAAUGUUUACAAGGUGUUUGAAGACCUAUCCUUCCACUUCAUAGAGAUGAACCCGUUCACACUUGAUGAGAAUGGAAGACCAUUCCCAUUGGAUAUGAGAGGUGAGGUUGAUGAGUGUGCCUCAUUCAAGUGUGGAAGCAAGUGGACUGUUGACGGCGAGCCACUCCAAUUCCCUCAGCCAUUCGGCCGCAACCUCUUCCCAGAGGAGACCUACGUCAACGACCUCGACGAGAAGACUGGUGCUUCGUUGAAGCUCACAGUCCUGAACCCAACCGGUAGAAUAUGGGCAAUGGUUGCUGGAGGUGGCGCAUCAGUCAUCUACGCAGACACCGUUGCCGACUUGGGCUACGGCCACGAGCUGGGCAACUAUGGUGAAUACAGUGGCGACCCCAACGAGGAGGACACAUAUAAAUACGCUUCAACAAUGCUGGGACUGGCCACACGCAACCCAGACGGACGUCCACGCGCCCUGAUCGUUGGAGGAGGCAUUGCCAACUUCACCGACGUCGCCGCCACCUUCAAGGGAAUCAUCCGCGCCUUCAAAGACUACCACAAGGAGAUCGUCAAGGCCAACAUCCACAUCUUUGUGCGCAGAGGUGGUCCCAACUACCAGUCCGGUCUGGAGAACAUGAGGGACGUUGGUCGCGAGCUUGAGAUCCCCAUCAAGGUGUACGGACCAGAGAUCAACAUGACCAACAUCGUGUCGAUGGCCAUCCAUCACAUCAACACUGCCCAACCUGUCUCUGUCUCCAGUUGA